GGCCGUUUCUACUUACACCAAAACCAUGUAAUGCCCCUGCCUGAUUUCCCAGGAACUGCCAACAGAAAAGCUUACUGUUGCUUUUCCGCUACUGGACCUUAGAAAUAAAACGAUCGAGAAAACGCAAGUCGUCUAAAGUUCCAUCGCUUUCCCCUUGUAGCAUCACAUCUCAAUCAUCCCAAAAUCGCGAAAUUAAUCGCAAAAAAGGUCCGGAAAUUUUGAGGAUUUUUUAGCCCACGAGAGCCAUGAAUUCCUUAUCGAGAGUUCUUCACUGGUUUCGGCCAUCGAUGGCUGCCAGAUUCUCUACCUCUGGAAUGCAAAACUUGAGCCCGCCGAAGGCGAAGCUCAGAGGAGUCGUCUUCGACAUGGACGGAACCCUUACGGUUCCCGUCAUCGACUUCUCCGCAAUGUACAGGGCGGUUCUUGGCGACGACUAUGCCUCGAUCAAGUCGUCAUCUUCGCUUGGGGUGGAUAUCUUGCAGCAUAUUGACAGUUGGAGCCCGGAUAGGCAGCAGAAGGCGUAUGACAUCAUUGCGGAUUUUGAGCGCAGAGGACUCGAGCAGCUCCAGAUAAUGCCAGGUGCAAAGGAGCUUUGUGAAUUUCUUGAUGCUAGACAGAUACGAAGAGGCUUGAUUACUCGGAACGUCAAGACAGCUGUUGAUUUGUUCCAUUUGCGAUUUGGGUUGUCAUUUGAUCCAGCAUUAAGCAGGGAAUUUCAUCCGUAUAAACCUGAUCCUGCUCCACUACUAAGUAUCUGCUCUGUGUGGGGUGUCCGUCCAGAUGAAGUAAUAAUGGUUGGUGACAGCCUUCGGGAUGAUGUAACUUGUGGACGAAGAGCAGGUGCUUUUACAUGCUUGCUUGAUGAAAAGGGAAAAUAUGCCUCUCCUGAUUCUUUUAUUGACGUACGACCUGAUUUUAGAGUUUCUUCGCUAAUUGAAAUAUACCCAUUACUAGAAGCAAAUUUUGAUUUAUCGCUGUAAUACGAAGACAUAUCAAAGACAUGACAGGUCAUCUUUUGACACAACCUCAUGCACAUGAAACGUAUUUGGGUUAAACUGUGCUGUCCAUGCAUCUUCGACCAUAUUGUCGAAGAUGGGAAAACAAAGUUCAGCAUCCAUAACUAAGCACAGAUGGCAUGUUUAUUAUGGCAUCUCAUGUGGACACGUUUACUGUUUCUCAUUCUUAAUGAAAUUUGUAAUUCCUUCCUCGAAGGGCUUUGUAUAACAGUACAUUUACUUGUGUAUAACAUGCAACCAUUUACUUCUGUAUAA